AACUGACAGGCAAAGUUGUAGUUACCUCAGGUCCUGGAAAGGAGCAGAACAUGAAGGGACUCAGAAGUGUGGUGGCAACAACCUUGGCUCUUUUUCUAGUGUUUUCUUUCAUAGGAAAUUCCAACAGCGCGCCACAGGGACUCUUUGAGAGAAGGAACUGGACUCCCCAAUCUAUGCUCUAUCUGAAGGGUGCACAGGGGCGCCGCUUCAUCUCGGACCAGAGUCGGAAGAAGGACCUCUCGGACCGGCCGCCCCCGGAAAGACGAAGUCCAAAUCCCCAACUACUAACUCUUCCAGAGACAGCAGCUCUGCUACUGGCUUCCUUGCAGAGACCACAAGAAGCUGGAGAAGAAAACUUUGAUCAAACCAGAAUCCUAGAAGACUACUAACCUGGGGAAAAUAGACCAAAUUACAUUCAAAUACAGUUCCAUUCUUGUUGAAAACAUGAGCCAUGUAAAUAAAGCCUUUGGAGGCUUUUUACUUCAGUUGUAAUCUUAGGAACAUGCACAACCAGUUUCAUUCUUUCCAGCAACAAAGGUAAUGUAGAGUUCUUAGCCGAGAGCAUCACCUGCUUUCAUUGCUUCAGGUCCUGUUUAGGUCACCUUGUGUCUUAGUCCCCUUUAGAAUUAAGCAUAAGGCCAGCGACUCUUUAGAGUGUGCUUUCUUUUUGUUAAAAGGAGUCUGUCUUGAUCUAGUGAUUCUCAGUUGUUGUUUUUUUUUUUUUUUUCAUUCUGUUACCCCUUGCAUUGUCUUGUCACUCAGCAGCAGAUCUCCCUCUCCUUUUCUGCCUUUUUCCCAUCUUCAUGGGUGGGGGCAUGGGGAGGCAUGGCAGGAUGGGAAAGAGUAGAGUGUUCUCUUAAUAGUUCAUCUAGGAGACAUAAAUUAAGAAGGGAAGAGGAAGGAGUUGACUGGGAAGAAGCCCUGUGAUAAGAACACUUCAGCGUAGUUGCUGAAAGAGGGCAUGAUCUCUGAAGCUGGUGGAAGGCUCCACAAUGGAUAGCUUCCCUUUGUGUUAUUUGGGGAUCUCCCUGAAUUCUGGGAGUUACUGGGAAAUAAGCAGAUGGAGACACACUCUGUUCCUGUGUACAUUGUACAAAAGGAACAAACCAGUUUUUCAGAGGUAACUCAUUUUUCACAGCUAAACAGAUUCAAAGAGUCUGCUUACUCUAAUUAGCUAGAGUUCUAGGCUUUAUUUUACCUUAAAACAUUACAUAAAAGCACCCUGAUAACAUCAGUACAGAGUGAUAUGCCCAAUCUGGUCCUUCUCAAAACUUUGAAUUUAGGUUCAAAACUGUCUGGAAAAAAACACACAUGCAGUAACACACACACACACACACACACACAGACACACACACACACACAUAUCCACAGCAAGCAUAAUAACCUAUUUUUUUGGAAUUGGAAUGUGAUCACCAUAUUAAUUUUUUGACCUAAUUAAUUGAGAGCUAUUAUUGAUAAAUGUCAUAAGUGGAAAACAUUGUUAAUUCUUAUUGUCAUCAAUAUAUAGCCAUUAUUCAGUAGCUAAAGAAUACCUUUUUGUGAAUGUAUCUGUACCUUGAGAUUACAGUUUCACUGUGUUAUGAAGUCAAAACCUUGCUUAUAAGAUUUGUCUGUAUCUUGUUUCAUAAUUGAAUAAUGAAACUAUAUUCAAGUUAAUGUAACACAGAUCUCUUGCAAAAACUAAUAUGCUAGCAUUAAAAAAACUAUGUGGUAUUAUA